AUGGACAAGUGGAGUGUUGAGCAUCGUGUUGUUGCUGUUUCCGAAUUUAUUCGAAAUGGCGAGUCAAUUGUAUCCACGCGACGUGCUUUCCUUCGUCGGUUUAAACUUGGUGUACGUGACAUUGUUCCAGCGCGUAACACAAUUUUGCGGUGGGUAAACAAUUUUCGUACACAUGGUAGUGUGGCGGAAAAGAAAAAACUCGGUCCUACACCAUCAGUAGUUACGCCUGAAAAUGUUGAACGUGUAAGAGUGUCCGAUUUGCAGAGUCCACGUCGGUCCACCAGACGCCGCUCAGGGACCGCCUUGAGCAGUGCAUCGCCGAAAAGGGUCGUCAUAUAA